CUCAACUACAAGCUUCAAAAAUAUCGACUUGUUACCAAAACUUGAAAUGGCGUCCUCAUCUAAUUAUUGCCGUAAUUCCUUUACUAUGGUCAGUGUCACGUUACUUAUGGUUAUGUGCUCAAUGAUGAGUUUUGCCUCUGCCCAACUCUCGACUAGCUUCUAUUCUAAGAGUUGUCCGAAAGUGAUUGGUACCAUAAGAUCAGAAGUUCAUUCAGCCGUGUCCAAGGAAAGAAGAAUGGGGGCUUCGCUUGUUCGGCUCUUCUUUCAUGAUUGUUUUGUCCAAGGAUGCGAUGCAUCUAUACUCCUAGACGACACUUCUUCUUUCAAGGGGGAAAAGACUGCUUUUCCCAACAUUAAUUCGAUACGAGGAUUCGGUGUAAUUGAUGACAUCAAGAAAAAGGUAGAAAAAGUUUGUCCAGGUGUAGUGUCCUGCGCCGAUAUUGUUGCCAUUGCUGCUCGUGAUUCCGUUGUCAUUCUUGGAGGACCUAGUUGGGAUGUCAAACUUGGGAGAAGGGACUCCAAAACGGCCAGCCUUUCUCAAGCCAAUAGUGGCCGUCUUCCGGGUCCAACAUCUACUCUCGCUAACCUCAUUAAUAGGUUUCAAGCCGUCGGCCUCUCAGCAAAGGAUAUGGUCGCCUUGUCUGGAGCGCACACCAUCGGGCAAGCGAGAUGUACCAACUUCCGGACUCGUAUAUACAACGAGACCAAUAUAGACACUUCUUUUGCUAAAACCAGACGGAGUCAAUGUCCCGCAACCGUCGGCCGAGGAAACAACAAUUUGGCUCCAUUAGACCUUCAAACUCCUACUGGUUUUGACACCAAAUACUUCCAGAACCUUAUCCACAAGAGGGGCCUCCUACACUCUGAUCAAGUUUUAUACAACGGCGGCUCCACCGAUUCGUUGGUCGAAAAGUACAGCAAGGAUUCGAAGACCUUCAACUCUGAUUUUGUGAAAGCAAUGAUCAAGAUGGGAGAUAUUAAUCCUCUUACGCGAUCUCAAGGCCAGAUAAGGAAAAACUGUAGGAAGCUGAACUGAUUGAUCAUAGCAUCAAUUGCACGUGGUGAUUAAUUUGUGUGUAGGACGUUGUUUUAAGUUUUGAUUGAGUUUUGGGAAGUCUUUCUUCCUUGGUUUGUGUUUUUUUCCCCCCACCAAGCGUUCAAUUCGUCUUUUUCUAUCCUCUUUUUCGAAGUAAGUUGUACUUACCAUUCCGUAUUCUGGAGGCCAAAGAGGCAACCAAGUGAGUAUAGUUAUUUUAAUUUCUACUUCAAUGUAUUGCUUUGAAGAAAGAAAAAUACGUAUUACUAGUGAUUUUACAAAAUUUAAAUAGUUUUAUAUUA